CAGCCAACGGUCACAAGCUCCGCAUUUGAAAAUAAUCCCUGGUCUUCACUUUCGAGAACUAGCCGUUACGCAACGACCGAGAUCAAAUCAAAAGCACCAAGAACCCGAAUCGAAUCCACUUCGAUCUCCAAAUCUCGCUCGCCAUUUACUCUCUUUCCCUCUCUCGAUAUCGAUCUUGAUUUUGAGCACUUGAAGCGCAGCCUUUCGAGUCGUCGGCUCGAGCUUGCGUUUUCAAAGACGAAACCCCACGUCCAUCGAACCCUGCUAUGGCCAUGCCCUCGAGCAAAUCUUGCCAAAACCCUAACCCGACCAGGCACAGCCCCGGUUCAAGAUCCUCGGAGGUCGGGAAUCCCAUGAGGAGGAGUUUCAGCGGCAACCCGUUCUCGAAACCCGCGAUCGUCCCCAACUCGAGAGGGUUCAACCCGGUCACUCCCGCCAAUAGCCCCUCAGACUACCCUCGAAGUCUCUCUGUGGGUAGAGAAAGCUUAACAUCGUUCAGAGAUCAUGAGGAUAAAGAGAAUGGUAAAGAUCAGAGCACGAAACAAGCGCGAGUCAAAUCGGUAGCUCCCUUCAAGAGUCCAAAGAAUUUCAUGUCUCCGACGAUUUCUGCGGCUUCUAAAUUCAAUGCUUCGCCAAAGAAGAGGAUACUGACGGACCGGAACGAGCCCGUUCGAACUUCUGUCACACUUUCUGACUUGAGAAGUUCUUGCAGUUCAGUGAGUCUCUCCGAACAGCUAGAAGAAUCCAACUCGAAACGAGAGAUGGAAAUGGAAAAGGCGGUGGUCGCAGAUUCUCGCCAUUCGACCGUCGCUGAUUUGGACCAUGCGGAUGCGAAUUGUGAAGUAUCGUCGAAAGGUUCCAGAAAGAAAGUAGCUUUCGACUCUAAUGUACAGACAAUCCUUCUAGAUGACUCGGAGACAUCAGAUUGUGUUGAUGUGAAUGAGGAUCUUAAGACCAGUCCUGCCCCCAGAUCACCCUGCCAUCUUUUGGCACCACUUGAUGCCGAUCCGCUGAUGCCACCUUAUGAUCCCAAAUUCAAUUAUCUCUCACCAAGGCCGCAAUUUCUUCAUUACAAGCCGAGCCCCAGGAGAAUGCAUUAUCUUAGCGACGAAAAAGAUGGUAAUCCUCUUGAUGACACUUUUUGCAUCGGAGGCUUUUCAGACACUGAUCUUACUGAAGAAACACAAUCUGAUGAUUCUCUAAAGGAACCUGACGCUGUUUCUUCCUGUGAGAUGGAAAAAGCGGCAGAUAGUGAUGAAACUGAGGAUGUUUCAACUAGCGAGAUGGCAAAAGAAGCAGAUGGUGAUGGAGAGGUGCUUGUGGAUGAAGAGUUUGAAACCAUUGCAAAUGCGGCUAGUCUUGAGAUGGCAAAAGAGGCCGCUGAAGUGAAGAAAGUGUCCAAGCAUCGAUUUUUCACGAAAACGAAGUGCGUUUCUCUGGUUUUUGUCCUUUUAGUUGUUGCGUGCAUGGCAAUGGCAGGAGCUAAUUCUCCACUGAGAAAUUGUUCUUACAUCAAAGGUUCGAGGUUCAGCGAGCUCCUUGAGACUUCUAAAUUAGCUGAAAGCGUCAGAGUUGAUUUCGACGAGCUUGCUCAGAAUUUCUGGUAUUUGUAUGGUGAUUCGGUGUCUUACAUUUCCGAGCUGAUAGACCACUUGAAGGGUGACAAGCAAGUCGGUGGCUUCAGGUAUUAUAACUUGACUGACUUGCAAGAGGAUCUGUGGAUUGAAAAGAACAUUUGUGAUGGUUCGAUGAUUGAAGCAACACCAUUUGUCGAGCAGCAUGAUGGUGAAGUUGCUGCAGCAUGCAAAAUGGUGUCUGAAGAGGUGGACGAAACAAGUAUUAUGGAACUUGAAGAGGGGGAUGGUUUUCAGAUUGAUGAUGGUUUAACGAUGAUUGAAGGGGCCCUAGUUGUCAAGCAGCGUGAUGCUGAAGUUGUUGUUGCAGGGCAACAAGAAGUAGCUGGAGAUGGGGAAGAAACACACAACCUUGAACUUGAAGAUUUCAAUUUGUCGUCUGAAGUAAGUGAACCGGAAUUUCCAGAGGAAGAGCAAUUCCAGGAGAUUGCGGUUGUGACUACAUCUGUGACUGGCAAAGAGGAGCAACAGAAGCCUGACUCCGUUCAAGUUGUAGCAUUAGAACCAGCAGAGUUCCAAGGAGAGAAAUAUGUUUCUAAUUGUGAUGAAAGUGAGUCCAACCAAAAAACAGUCAUUGGCUCAGAAAACAUCGAAGCAGUCGAUGUGGCAGAUGCAGAGAAUUCUACCAUUGUAGAAUCUGAAAGCAAUGUUUCUGUCUUUGUUAUGGUGGGACUCGCUUUGGUAGGUCUUAGUCUAUCAGCAGCUGCAGCUUUCUUUUACGUGAAAAAAGGAAGCAGUUCCAUGAGUGUUCCAACUCCAGUGGAGCAGCCAUGGGCGACCAAGAAAUUUAACAUCAGUCCUGUGUCAGUAAGUGUGGAGCAUACGAUGUGGCAGAGGUGGUCUUCUCCCAAUUGUCCCACCGAGGUUGACAUAGCCGGAGAACCAUGCCCUUCAGAAAUGAGCAGCUUCCAGAAGAAGUCAUCUCUCAGCACGGGUUUAAGGGGCGCCAAUGAUGAGGCACAAAGCCAGGAGAGGAGACUUAAGAAGAAUUGCAGGAGGGAAUCACUGGCUUCUUCUUCUUCAGAACUCUCCAUGGGUUCCCACUCUUACGGAAGCUUCACCACAUACGAGAAGAUCGCAUGCAAACACCGAAACGGAGAUGAGGAGGUGGUCAUCACUCCAAUAAGGCGUUCGAGCAGAUUGCUGAAGCAAGUCACUUCUCCAUGACUAGAGGAGAAAGCAUUCUCCUGCUGACUCCCAGUUGCUCCUGAUUCCUACCAUUCAGAGGAUUCAGUGGUUUGUGACUUAGUUUAGCUAGAUUUGUCUGACUGCAGUAUGAACAGCUUACAGUUUAAGUGCUGCUUGUUGCAUGCAAUUCACUUCUGAACUGCUCUACAAUCCCUCCACUUGCCCCUGUGGUCUGAUUAUUUCCAGUAGAAUUUCUAGCUUUUAGAAUCCUUUCUACUUCUUCUGCCCUGUCUGGUUCGGUCGUGGUAGAAUUCUAGCUUUCAGAAUAGCUUGCUUCUGAUCUGCAAAUUAUGUGUAUGUGACAUGUUUGGUCACAAAAUUACCUUCAUCGUGUCGACUUUUUCAAUUUUA